AACCCCAAAAAAACAAAAAUUUAAUUAUUUUUUUUAUAAAUUUCAAACUCCCCCCUCCCAUCCUCACACUUUCAAUCUUCUUCACACAUUCUUCAAUUUCAAACUCCCCCCGUCUCUUUUGAACAUGAAUCCUUCCGGCUCCGGCUUCUUUCCCGACAAUCUCGAGCCUCACGAGUCCGCGAUGUGAUAUUUCCAAGAAUACGAGAAUCAUCCGCCGAUGUUCGAGACACAACAAUCGGGGUAUGUCGAGCGAGAUUCGGUUCCGGAGACUCAACCGGGACCAUCCGGCUCCAAAAAAAGUACACGCCGGAAAAGCCACAAAGCAAAAGGCACGAUGACUGAGGCGGAACGGUCAAUCCAAAAGUGGACGCUGGAGGAAGAGUGCCUAUUGGCGUCAGCUUGGGUUGACGUCUCCGAGCAUCCUAUCGUUGGUUCGGAGGAAACGAAGGAUGCGAUGUGGGAUCGUAUCGAGGAGAAGUUCUUCACGGCGAUGAACAACGACGGCUCCUAUUGUACCCGGGACCAACUCACUUCCAAAUGGAGCCACAUCAACCGUAAAGUCCAAAAGUUUAUCGGAGUUUAUGAGGAAUGCGCCCGGUCCUGGAGGAGCGGGACGAACGACGCCGAUGUUCUCCGGUUAGCCACGACCCGAUAUCAAGAUGACGGACACCAAGGCAAGGUGCCUAUCAAUCUUUGGAGGAUUUUGAGCCGUUCCCCGAAGUGGCAACAACUCAACAAUCCCGAUGGCGGAUCGUCAAAGAAAAGAUCCUCCGUCGACGCCGAGGUUGAGGUCGACGAGACUAUCGGUCCGUCCGAACAAAUGCCUCCCUUCAACGUUGCGGAUUCCGAUGACGAGGACCCCAUUCCACGGCCGAUCGGAAGAAAGAAGGCAAAAUCCAUUGCCUCGGGUUCUGGAGGGUCCGACUCUGUUUCCGUUUCUUCUCGCGACGAUAUUGGUCGGGCAAUGGUUGAACAACUUCGGGUGUUCAAUCUUCGAGAAGAAGAGAGGAUGAAGCGAAAGGAGCAGGAGGACGAGAUCAAAAUCAUGGAAACCGACCUUUCUACGUUAUCGGGUUUCAAACGGAUGAUCUACGAACAAAGACAAAGAGAGGUUAAGGCGAAAUAUAAUUUACCUUAGUUUUUUUAUUAUUGUCGUUUUUUUUAAUUUAAUGAAUGUAAUGUUUUAAAUUUUAAAUUAUUAUCGUUUCAAUUUCUAUAAAUUUAAUGAAUGUAUUUUUUUAUUAUUCGUGUUUCAAUAUAAUUAAAUAAAAAAUUAAUUACAUUUUAUUAAUUUAGUUUUAGAAAAUGUAUAUUUAAAAAUGUAAAAAAUGAAGGUUUGAAGCCCCA